AUGGGUGGCAUCAAAAGCCGGAAUGUUUCUGUGGAAAACCGAAGAAUCUUUUCGUCCUUGGAACGACUAGAAGAACUAGAACUCAGAGGAAGUCCCGGCUUAUCCCAAACCAUUAUCGAAAGUGAGGAAAUGUUGAAAGACCUGAGCAACGUGAGAUCCUUGGACUUGUCCAACAAUGGUCUUAAAUUCAUUGGCACUGCUUCCUUCUUCGAGCUUCUGGGGAAUCUUGAGUCACUGGACUUGAGAAGAAAUGAAUGGGCCUGUGAAAAUGAGUCUAUUUUGGUUUUGGCCAAGGAACUGAGUGGAAAUCAAAAGCACAAGUUUUUGCAGCCGAUGAACAUCAAGUGCUCUUCUCCGGUUGAGAUGGAAUCAAAGCCCGUGGCGAAACUCGCGGAGGAAGCGACUCAGGAGACCUCUUCGAUCUCUGCUGUUUCUAUUAGCUCUUUGAUCAUGUCGAAGCGAGCGGAGAACCCUGACGAUGGCGAGCUGCUGCUUCUGCUGGGCACCAGCAGAAACCCGAACCCUGAUCCUCAUCCGAGCCCGGAGAUCGAAACCAAGGUUCCGUUUUCCCCGUCGCUGACGAGAGCCGCCGCUUCGCAGAAACUGACGGAGACAUUCGGGAGAGGCAAUGCGUUAACGAGGCCCGAGAAAUUGGCAGGUCCUCUGUCCCCGGAUUCCUUGUUCAGCGCCCGGGAAAUGCCGGCCAACGAUUUGGCACUCGCAGUCGUGUUGUCGUGUUUCUGCGGACUGUUUCUCAUUUUCGCAGUCGUGCUGGUGUUUCUGAAGAAGUCGGGGUCCCGGAUGGAUCGGGAUGGUGCCAAGCAAGCCAUUUUGGCAGCUCCAGGUGAUUACGAAAGUCAGAACUCGGAAGCAGAUCUCCGGACUCAGUUCCGGUUCAGCAGCAUCAGCAGCAGUCCCGAAGAAUACACCACCAUCACCAACAAACUAACCAAUUCAGAUCUGCUGACUCAACAAACAACAUUGCUGACCCAACAAAACCCGCAGCAGCAACAUCAAAACCCGCACAAGGCCUUCCGUCUGUUCGUGGACUGCUGUCCGACAUUCUCGUACGUCGACGACGACGACUUCGACGACGACGGAUCGUCGACAGACUCGGAUGACGAGACUCCUAUCGGCGAAGCGGGGCCUGCGACGGUGUCAGCUCUCUGCGACGCUGUCGACUCUGGCAGAGGCUACACGACGACGACGACGACGACGUCAAUGUCGUCAUCCAAACCGCGUCGCCUCAAGUCCACCACGUCCUUUUACAGCCUCAGGGCCACGUCAGCCACAGCUGCGCUUUUGAACUCGACAGUGUCGAGUCCUCCUCUCAUUGACCAUGACGACGUCUCGACACACAGCUGCUGA